AUGUUAAGGUCCAUUGUUCUACAAUUCGGAUUGGUAACAUGCCGAUUGGUUACCUGUUUCCCGGGAAAACAAUUCACGGAAAUUAAAGCAGCAAUGGUAGUCGAUCUAUCCUAUCAUAUACUUUCCUAUUUGUCGCGAGCUGCGGAUCCAUCGUUAGAACCGCCGUUGUGGUAA